AUGGCAUUCAUCACACACAAGAGCACAUACUUGUCCAGAUACCAGACCCCCUUCAGAAGAAGAAGAGAGGGAAAAACCGACUACUACGCCAGAAAGAGAUUGGUGACCCAAAACAAGGCCAAGUACAACACCCCAAAGUACAGACUUGUGGUCAGAUUCACCAACAAAGACAUCAUCUGCCAGAUCAUCUCGUCCACCCUUAAGGGAGAUAUCGUCUUCACUGCCGCAUACUCGCACGAACUUCCAAGAUAUGGAAUCAAGCAUGGUUUGACUAACUGGCCUGCUGCUUAUGCCACUGGUUUGCUUAUUGCAAGAAGAGCACUCCAGAAGCUCGGCUUGGACAAGACAUACGAGGGUGUUGAAGAGGCCAACGGUGAGUACGAGCUCACCGAGGCUGUGGAGGACGGCCCAAGACCUUUCAAGGUUUUCCUCGAUGUUGGUUUGCAGAGAACGUCAACUGGUGCAAAGGUGUUUGGAUGCUUGAAGGGUGCCUCUGAUGGAGGACUCUACAUUCCACACUCGCCAUCCAGAUUCCCAGGUUGGGAUAUGGAGGUUGAAGAGUUGGACGACGAGUUGCUGAGAUCCUACAUCUUCGGAAACUACAUCUCCGAGUACAUGGAGGAUUUGGUUGAUGAUGAUGAGGAGAGUACAACUUGUUGUUCAAGAACUACAUCUCCGAGGGACCUGUACACCGAUGCACAUGCCGCAAUCAGGGAGGACCCAUCUUUCAAGCCUGCCGACAGAAAGUUCUCCAAGGAACAGUAUGCCGAAAACUCCAAGAAGUACAGAAAGAAGAAAUUGUCCAAGGAGGAGAGAAAGGCACGUGUUGCCAAGAAGCUCGAGGAGCUCAAGGCCGAGGCCGCCAAGAACUAA